AUGAAAAUUCAACCGAGCGGAUAUUAUGAUCAAGAAAAUGGUGGAACCAUUCCAAUAUUUGCACCAACAAUGGAAGAAUUCAAAGACUUUAAAACGUUUAUGGAAGCAAUUGAUGAAUACGGGAAAAAGGCGGGCAUAGUUAAAAUAAUACCUCCAAAAGAAUGGAGCGAACAACUACCUGGUUUGAUAGCAGAUAAAAUAAAUGACAUCAAGAUACGAAAGCCCAUUACUCAACAUAUCCUCGGUAAUAAUGGAAUAUUCAGCCAAACCAAUAUUGAAAAAAGAGGAACAUUUACAGUUAAUCAAUGGUUCGAACUAUGUCAACAACCAGGCCAUCGUCCACCUACAAAAAAACAAAAAGGUAUAUUAUAUGACAUGAUUGACAAUGAAUUACUAUCAAACUAUCUUAAAAAUGAGACAAAGACCUCCUUCUUGUCAACAGAUCAGUACAAAGACAUUGAGAGAUAUUAUUGGCGAACGAUUGCAUUUAAUCAAGCCAUGUAUGGUGCUGACUUACUAGGAACUUUUUUUGAUGAUUCAAUUCAUUUUUGGAAUCUUAAUAAGCUUGAUAAUGUACUCAAUAACCUUAAAACAGUCGUACCUGGUGUCAAUUCACCUUACUUGUACUUUGGUAUGUGGAAAGCUACAUUUGCUUGGCAUGACAUGGACCUCUAUUCUAUCAAUCUCAUCCAUUUCGGUGCUCCCAAGCAGUGGUAUGUCAUCCCUCCAGAUUAUAGAAAAAAGUUUGAAAAUUUCAUGCAAGACCAAUUUUACAUUCAAUACAAACAUUGCCAUCAAUUCCUUCGACACAAGACAUUCAUCAUUUCUCCAACCGUUUUAAAAGAACAAGGUAUCCCUAUUCAACGCUGUGUCCAACAGCCGGGAGAAAUCAUCAUCACUUUCCCUUAUGGCUAUCACUCUGGGUACAACCUUGACUUUAAUUGUGCUGAAAGCGUCAAUUUUGCUCUAGACUCUUGGGUACCGAUCGGAAAGAUAGCAAAGGCGUGUGAAUGCAUAGAGGAUACAGUGAUGAUUGAUGUAGAUGAAAUAGCACCAAAGCAAGAAAACAAACCACAACAAGAAGAACGUUUAAAGACAGGCAUCAAGACAAAAUGCGUGCUUUGUCCAGUAGAGAAGCCUUCAUUCGUGUCCAAGGAUGAUGACUAUUGUCUAAUGCCUUUUGCUCAAGGUGUCUACGUACAUAAACUCUGUGCAGAGGCUAUGGAUGAAACGUAUAUUGCAAAAGAUAGAGUUUAUGGAGUGGAUGAUAUUCCACCUAUUAGAAAGAAACUGAUAUGUAUAUACUGCAAGAAGAAAUCAGGUGCCUGUAUGCAGUGUUGCUACGAUAAAUGUUCAAGGUCCUUUCAUGCUACUUGUGCUGUAGAAUCAGGUGCCAUCAUGAAACGUAAAGCCGGACGAGGAUCUGCGAGUAAAAGAUCACUAUAUGACGCACACUGUUCUCAACAUGAUCCAAAAAAAAUAAAGGAUAGACAAUAUAUCAAGGAAAUGGCCAACAAAUUAAAAAGAGACCUAGAAAUCUACACCAAAUGGAAGGAUGGUGUCUCAAAAGGUAUGUAA